AUGGACGCCCUUCCUGGCGCUGUAAUACAAGCCUUUGCGCACCUGUGGGGCCAGCAUCCUGAAGUAGCAGCCGGUAUCUACGCUGCAGGUGCAGUCGUUGCUGCUGUGCCGCAUUACAUACCAAACUUUGAGCAGGCCAAGGUUUGGUAUCAGAAACCCAUUCCUUCUACGAUUCGCGUUACAAAACCCGCCCAUACCACCGAAGACGCAGCCGACAUCGUGGUAUCGAUAGUUACCAAAGUUCGCCGUCCUACCGUUAUCACCGUCACAAAUUCUGUCUCACCCGCUUGCAACACAGCCCUCACUGUCGAACAGCAAGCCAAGGGUGAAGUUUUGAACACUUCCUCGUCUUCCGAAUCAAUCCAGGACACCUCUGAAUUUGCCACAGAAAGCUCUGCUCGUUCGACAGCGAGCAGCUCCUCGCAAAUCUCCUGGAAACCUAGUACUCCGAGAGAUACAUUUCCGGAGGUAUCUAGCAAGAGUCCAGAGCGUUCACUAGCAAAGACUACGAGUACUUCUACUGAGAAGAGCAAUCCUGUUCAUGAGGUACCGUCAGUAUUGGGCACAAAUUCUUCCAAUGUUACAAACACAGGCUUUAAAGCCCGGAUGAGUAGGCUUCUACACGGCUCGCAAUCCUCCGCGGCAUCGAAAGAAUCGACCAUCAGCGAUACACCCAGAGACGUCACAUCGACCGGGUCCCCCACCGUUGGCAAGGUGCCUUCCUGGACCACGUCUCCAGUUGUGGUUGAACAAUUACCGGUUACCUCACAGUCGUUCAAUGAGAUCAUAGACUAUUCGUUUGAAACCAUUACCAUUCCGCAGAGAACGAAGACAGUUUCCAGUGCUCCCCUAUCUAGCACUGCAAGCAUUGACACUGGUCUCAAAGAACAUAAACAAAAGGCGGCUAGGAAAUCAUUCCAAGACUCGUCGUCAUGUAAGACACUUCCCAGUGCACCUGUGUCCAGCACCAAGGACAGCGCCGUUACGCCGAGAGAACGCAAGCCAGCCUUUGCACCUUAUAGACAAAAGCCGGCUAGCAAACCACUUCAAGAUUCGCCGUCAUUCGCCAAAUCCCAACUCUCACGCUGGACUGACUUUGGACGAGCGAUUCAUGAGAAUUACGUCGCACAGCAAGCAGAUCAAAAGCCGUCCAAGCCGUCCUACUACAGUAGCCCUAUCACUAUGGCGGAUAUCAUGGUGGGAUAUGUGCCAUCCAUUCUGUUCGCCGUAUGCGACCAUCUGUAUAAGGAUGACCCGGACAUUCAGGAAAUGGUGGCAUUUGUGGUGCGCAAUGCGUAUAUGUUUGUCGUUGGAUAUCUCGCCUACGCGGAAUUCCGCUUGCCAACAUUGCCAUACUCCAAACCUGUAGCAUACGCACGCAGCAUCGGAUCCGUUUCCUACAACGUGUGGCAGAAAGCAGUAGCCAACUUCCUGGGAAAGCAGCAAGCCGAUCACUUCAUCAUAGACCGGGCGUUGUACGCCACCCUCGUCGGUAUCGCGAUUUAUUUCCUCCUUUUCGCCGGACGAAGGACCCGCGAAGUUAUUCACCACGAAGAAGAUGAAAGCGAUUUAAGCGAGGAUGAAGACAAGUCUGAGACCCAGGAUCUGUCCGCCAGCGCGCCUGCUGCCAUCCCGCACCGGAAAGAGACAUUAAUUCGUUGUUGCAUCGGCUUCACUGUUGUGAUGACUGUCAUCUGGCUCAGUGUCUACGUCCAGGACUUGGUUGUUAUCUUGGCCAGUGUGCUAGCGGCACACUUCCUUUCCAUCUAUGACGAAGAGGCGCGCAACACUAUCUUCACCAUAUUGAACCUCGUGGUUGGCGGCUCAUACCGAUCAGUCAUCGCCGCGCGAACCUGGAUACGAUGCUACGCUGCGAUUGCAGUAGUAGUAUACGUCCUCACCCACAUAGACCAGCCAUCUUCGUGCGCUGAUAGACUUUUCAGAGGCGGCGUUGCCCCACCCUUCAGUCAUUUUGCUGUCGUGCUCAAGCUUGUGGGUCUCUCCUAUGUCGACUCCCUCGUGGACGGCAUCAUCGAAGUCUCUCGAAUCUCUAUAGCGAAACUCCGGGUUGUAAAAGCCUGGGCUAAGUACAAGUUCAUGCUCAUCGUCAGAGGUCGCGCUGUCUUCCCGUGGCACCCAGAGACUGUCGGUGAGGCUAUUCGCUGGGUGCUCGCGACAAUCAUGCUCGGUCCCCGGACAGUAUAUGGGUUGCUACCAGUAUGGGCUGGCCCAGCCGUUGGGUUGUUCGUGCUCUGGGCAUUGACCUCUACGGAAUUGGGUUACGCCUGCUCACAAACUCACUACAACUUCGCGGGAACGCGCAACGAGCUCUUAUGUGUACCCUACUACCUCGACGAAAAGGGUUACGAGCUCUCGUAUACCCACUGCCCUCUCCCUCUCGCCGGCAUGGGCUACCAAUUUCAUUACAGCCACCCAGAAAACGACUUCUUCAGCAUUCGAAAGGUUAUCGAUGAAUCUGAGCUUGUUGUACAUGGCACAAAUCAAACCGGUCGUAUCUUCCGUGGGUACACGCUGCCUCAGCAAUUGGUGCCAAGGCCUAGCUUACCAUUGGGCUGGAUCAUGGCCGCUCAAGCAUAUCCCGCGCAUAAGGUCCGGUCGUCUUUCACAUUCGCAACUAGUUUCAUGGUUAUGUACGUCCUAGGCACAAACGGGGUCCUUGCUUGCACUCAGGACUACGGUAUCAUCUUUGCGACUGUUCUUGUCAUACUUCUACUUCUAGCCUACUGGCGGCCGGGCCCGAUCGCAGCCCGAGAAUUUUCCCACAAACCGCUCCCUGACCUGCCGGAUGAAGUUGUGGCCCCUGACUCUGCACCGCCAAGUCCUCCCGCAGCACAAAUUCCCAUCCCUGCCAACGAGGCCGGAGAGUCAGAGCUGAGAGACCCCUUGAUUGAAGAACAUGAUACUACCAACCAGUCUCCAGACGCACAGCCAGCGCAGGCACCACAGACGCCCAGCAACAGUCAAGCAGUUGAUCUUUUGGAUGAAGACUUGUCAGGGCUUCCAGAUGAGGUAGAUGCGUUGCGCACUCAACAACAGGCCUCGCCUGUACAGACUCCCGUGGGAACGCCAACACGGGAGCAAUCGAUUGAGACACCGGACCAGGCUCAGGCUCAUACUGAGACGCCCACUGCAGAUGCAUGGACACAGACAAACGCAUCUCUUCCUUGGCUACAGCGCUGGAUGACUUGGCUCUUCGACAGUGAAGCGGCGCGCACAGCAAGAGAAAGUGCUAUCGAGGCCGCCAGGGCUGCUGCUGAGCAGGAGCACAGGGACUUCCUAGAGCAAUCUGGCCUGGGGAGCGGUGUAGAGCACGAAGAGACACAAUCGUCAAACGACGCCAGCGAAAGUCCGGCUGCUGAUUCUUCGAUGAUAUCUCAGCCUACAGAGACUGAGCAACAGCACCGGGCUGCUGUUGAAGCUGAGAAAUCCGAGGAAGCAAUCCCGGCUAACACGUCAGAGACCGCAACUGAAGCUAUCCCAGCCCCUGCGGCGCAGGUACCAGCGAUACCGGUGGUUGCUGAUACAUCAGCAUCACUGCGCACCCUCACGCCAGCUGCCGCGUUCAAACGUACUCCUCUGUUCGAGCCUACUCCUCUGACAACGACCACUCCCACGACCGCAGCGUCUCCCCUGCCAGUAGUUCCUGCUGAGCCUACUCCGCCAGCCACGACUACUCUCCCAACUAUCGCCACUCCUGCAAUACCAGCUAUUUCUUCCGAUUCUUUGAUCGUACCUACUCCCGUCAUUACGCCUACUGAUAUACCGAAGCCUGCCACAGACACUACUGAGCCUGAGUCAACGCUUGACAUCACGUUCGAUCUUCCUUCCAUCGUAGUCAACCCGCCAGAAUCUGAGACGCAAGGAGGACAUAGGCCCAUGACAUUUGUUCCCAUUGAGAUGACGGAACUCGCUACACCCGCCAAGCGCACGCCUACCAAGGACCCUGCUCCAGACCCCGUCAAUGCCCCGGAUCACCAAGCCCCAGCCGCUAGUUCAGUGCAAGAUCAACAAGAGGAAGACACGCAAGACGAUGAGCAUGAUGGUGUGCAAGAAAGCGACGAAGAGGAAGAGGAAGACGAAAACGAAGUUGAAGAAGAGUUCGAUUUCGGUGGGAGUCCUACGAUAGGCACAUCAGCUCCGCUACAGCCAGCGAGCCCUAUAGAUGCCGAGAUUGCUGCAGCACUUGAGAAGUACCGCGAGGAGGUGCGAAGAGAAGCUGAGCAGAAGAAGGCCUUGACUUCUAUGGAGGUUGCUUCUGGUGGAGCACCCGCGCCUGGCGACGGCGAUGAUGACGAUAAUGGCAACAGCGAUGGUGAAGAUGACAAUGAUUCGGGCAAUACGACAGUACCUGCCGCCCCAAAGCAUGCCAAUCCUGAACCCGACAAGGAACCUUUUUCGCCAACAGAUGUGCCAAUUAGAGGUAUCAACAACGACGCUCCAGCAGCUACGCCCACGACCAGUGUUAAUGAAACUGCCCCCACAUUACUCUCACACCCAGCUCCCGGCACGGCAAAUAGUCGUCCCUGGGCCCCAUUCAGCUCGCUUCCUUCCAGCAGGACUGAGCCGCCUAUGUUCACAAAAGAGGAACUUGAUACGCAAUUCGCCCUUCCUGCCAUCUACAACCGGCCUGCCACUCGUCCCACAGACCCAAAACAUCCAGACUCCGCAGAACAGUGGCGUAACAGGUUGCUAGGAGGUCCUAGUAUGUUGACCAUAAUGAGACGAGAGCGUGAAGCUGCGGCUCGAAGGGCUGGUGGUGGUGGUGGAGAUCCGCCGCCUGGCCCCGGUGGUCCUUUUGGUGGAAACGGCGGCGGUGGAAAUGGAGGCGGAGGCGGAGGCAGCAGUGAUGAUCCACCCGCUCCUUUCGAUCCAUCCAGCGGUAGUGGAGGCACGAAUCCUCCAUCGCCGUCGGGUUCAGCUGGCUCAGGACCUAUGGAGGGGAUCGACGAGGCUUCUUCGAGCGACGAGGGGCAGAACGGUGAGAGCGAUCCCCAUGAACAUGACAACGAUGAGGGUCAGACUUUGAACAACCAAGCUGACACCAACGAUCAGAUGGAUAAUGGCGACGACGGUAACCAGGGCGACCCAUCCGCACAUCCCGAAGCUUCCAAUCUUGCUGACACUCCUAUGACUACGCAUGCGGCCCUUGACGCUACUAUCACGGCCGACGACGAUGGAGACGUUGAUAUGUCCGACCUAUUCAAUGUCGAUUUGGAAGAUACCAAUUUGGACGAUCUCGAAUUGGACAACAGCAACAUGGACGAUAUCAACUUGGACAAUAUCAAUCUGGAAAACAUCAACUUGGACGGCAUCGAUUUCGACAAGAUCGCUAACUCUGGCUUCGAUAAUGAGCAAACGCCAACCACCACCGCUGAUGACAUGAGGAGACAGCUGGUACCUCUCGAGGGACUAGAACAACACAACGCAAUACCAACAAGCCUGUAUCUGUCUCCUGAGGAUGAGCAAUACGGUGAAAUGGCAGAACAAAACAUAUUCGCUGAUAUUGAUGCGUAUGAGGCGCAGAAUGGGCCUAUCGAGAUUCCACCUCCCAUGUCUGAACCUCAGCAGUACCCAACCGACGGGGAAAGUUUCGAUGAUUUUACUGGAAACGCUGGCGAUCAGUCUUCUCUGCCGACCCAGCAGCCAUCGAUCAUUGUUGCUGGGCCUACUAAGGAUGCGCCAGAUGCGUUUGACCCAUCCUCAUUCUCAAAGGUGAACUGGGGUGCCGCAUUUGGGGAUGCUACGCAAGCCGAACAGGAUGACGAUGCGUCGUAUGAAGAGAUCAUCGGUUCCGCUGCUGCAGACGCAUCUGGAGACGAUCAGGAGCCGGCACGAGAUGAUCUAGCUUCACCGCCACCAAUACACGGAGACGACUUGAAUCUCGAAGACUACGGAGUUGCUGAAGACGACGAGGAACUCAUCGCCGGGCUUUCGAAUGUCAAUCUCGACCAUGAUCAAUCUGACAACAACGACAAAGCACAACUCUUGCCAGGUUUGGGAACUCAACGAGCAUGGGACAGUGACUUCAACAAAGCUCCGGAUAACGCUGAACAUGAAUACAAACACCCAGAUGAGUUCACAAGUGUCAGACCGAGAACACGCUUGGUACAACUUCGGGAGGACCGCAAGAUCGUGGAGAACCCCGAACAUGCGGAAUACCGAUCAGCCGGCAUGAAGUCGCUAGACGAACUGACCGGGCGACAAGGCCAGAUCUUCCGAGAGGUUCCCAUGGACACGUACGAAAUGCGAGGAAAAAGCCACGACGACUACAAGGCUGCACAGGAGCUGAUGGCAUGGUUUGAUCCGGAUGCUGAAGGUGCCGAACCUCGAGGUGAUCCCUCGCCAGCUGAUUCUGACGAUGGUAGCGCGUUGUCAGGCGAAAUCGAUGACGAUGAACUGGACAAGCUUGCCAAAGAAGUGGAAAAGGAUCAGUUGGAUGAACUGAACAAAGCAUCCAAGAGAACACGAGACCUUUCUGAUGACUCAGAUUCAGAAGCAUCGGAAAAGAUUCCAGAUGGUCCAGCAACUCCCCAGAAGGAGAGUUCAGGUGCACGAGCUGGUACUCCGAAGAAGGGCCGCUUCAGAGGUCCAAUCUCAUUUGAUACUGAGGAAGAAGCUCGUUUUGAAAAGAACGAUGUGGAAAAGGUCUUGGACCUUCCGGUAUUCCAGAAACUGAAGGAGACCAACACCACAUCGACAACCCCGUCGCUGGCGCAACCAUCUCCGGUUGCUAAUUCUGGUCUUCCGACUCGCCCAAGUACACAAAGCACACUCAACGCGCCGUCGACGCCAAGCUCGAAUCCUACUUCCCCAUUUUCGUAUGACAGGCCGCCACCGCCUUCACCUCUAGCAGGUGGUUUCGCACCGGGAGGUUACGCACGCUCGUAUAACCCAGUUACUUUGCAAAAGAGGAACAGCACGUCCCCUUAUGCAGGUAUACCGACUCUCGGCAACCUUAGCAAACCACGCGUUCAAAGCGGUAAUGCAACACCGCCUCCUCGAAGUCCAAGCUACCCAGCCAUGAAGCUGCCCGACGCUGCACUAUCGAACGCAAGAAGCUUGCUCAAACCGGCAUCCGCCCGCCAUCGUGCACAGCCUACAGCAGGCACAGCGACUACAAACUCCCCGCUCGCCUCGCCCGCGUACAUGCCCAUGCAGCCUUCGGCGGGCGGGAAAUCCAAUGAUUCAUUGACUACUCCGCCGGCUUACGACCCGACACAGCCUGCGGCGGGAUACACUCCAAAGUCAGCGUCAGACUUCCGGGCCCAGUUACUACCCUUGUCUGGAUUGAGUGUACCACAGAAGCCGUUGCCACAGCUCAGUGCGACAACACUGCCAGCUAGGCCCGCAGCGCAAGAUGAAGAUGCGGUCGGAGAUCAGACUUCGCAAACUCUAGGAGGCGAUGACAACAACGACUACGAUAGCGAUGUUGACAGCAUCUACGGUUGA